AUGUUCAUCUACAACGGCAAACUCAGCUGGUUUCACCUGGUGGAAAAGGAAGAUUUCACUAUUGUGGUUCCCGCUGGUUUCGCUCAAAAGGAUCCCAUUUGCGCACACUGGCAGUGGACCAUCGAUCCCAGUAAUAGCAAGGGGAAACAAAAUACCUCUCGCUUCAGCAUGAUCAACAAUAUCGUCAACACAGUCGCCGACGAAUACAAAUUCAGUUUCUCUUUCGGCUACUACAGCUUCGACGCUGUGGUCUCUCGUGACUUCAGAACCCUCAGUACAACGAUGCGAGACAUUACAAACGAUCGCUCUGGCCCUCACACUCUGAUACUUCAAUACAGCGACACGUCUCGAAUCCCUUCCACCGUCGUCUACACCGGUAAACUCGACUGGCUCCACGAAGCUGUAAACAAAAUGAUCACCCUCGUCGUAUCCUCAGGUGUCUCUGCUCUGACCAACGGCUCAUUCGUGGGCAUGUAUCACCAAUGGACCGUCGACUCCUCCGGUAACAAGAAAGGAAGCCAUCCUAUCAAUUCCACGUUCGACUUCAGCAUGAUCAACAAUAUCGUCAACACAGUCGCCGACGAAUACAAAUUCAGUUUCUCUUUCGGCUACUACAGCUUCGACGCUGUGGUCUCUCGUGACUUCAGAACCCUCAGUACAACGAUGCGAGACAUUACAAACGAUCGCUCU